CUCAUCCCCCGGCUCCUUUUCUACGUGAGUCGAGCUGUACCAAUUCAUUUCCCAUUUCACCCCCCAGAAACCAGGGGAGGCACGAGGCACGCACCAAGAACAACCCACGACCACCACCAGACCACCUUCUGCGUAUUUGCUCAAACCAACCUCGGUGUGUUUGUGUGUGAGAGAGAGAGCCCAAUUCCCCAAUCCCACCACCCACCGGGACGGCAAUUCGGUAUCUUCCUUUCUCGCGCGUAGCCCGGCGAGUGUGAGUUCUUCAUCCCUGGGUUCGUUCGUGGGCGGAUAGCCAGAUUUCCAUUGGGAGCUGUCCACCUCGCGUUCUUGGAUCGGGUCACCGGCGCUGCGGAAAAAAGCUGUCUCUUUUUUGGGUGCCAAGCUUUGAUCCGGCGCUGCACGCCUGUGGUGGUUCUUAUCCGGAAGGCAUCCGAGGAGGGGGCGGGGCGCCACGAGCGGCACGUGACGAGCGGUUGGAGAUGGAGGCGAUGAAAGCGAGAAAGCGCAGCGGCGAGCCGAGGCUUACAUAAGGAGGAGGCGGGGAUCCCGCGGCGUGCCGGGGAGUGGAGAGAGGGAGAGGAGAUCUGUGUUCUUGAGUUAGUUGAGUGGGGGAGAGAGAGAAAGAUCGAGGAAUGGGCACCGCGGUGGAGGCGGCGGCGUUCGGCUCGGUGGACGGGGUGGUGGGGGAGAUCAUGAGGCUGCACCGGUCGCUGCCGGCGCGGCCGGCGCUGGAGGAGGUGGAGGCCGCGGAGGCGCUGGCGCGCGCCGCGGACCGGGAGGAGCGGGCGCGCCUCGACGCCGUCGCGCGCCUGCGCAUGCCGCCUGCCGUGCCCGACGAGCUCUUCGGCAUCGUGCUGGAGAUGCACCGCGCGCUCGCCAGCUUCGACUGCCGGGAGCAGAAGCGCGACGCCACGCGGCUCCUCGAACUCGACGCGCUCCACUCUCUCUUCGACGACCUCAUCCAGCGUGCGUCGCAAUGCGUGCCCUCCAGCUCCUCCCGCGACGCGACGCGCAUCACUUCCGCCUCCUCCGCUGCAGCCACCUCUGUCGCCUCUUCAUCCUCUGCCUCAUCGUCGGCGGUGACUGCGAACAGCAACAGCGACCGUCACUCGUCCAUGAGCACUAAUGGGUUCAGUGUGCAGAGGACGGUUAUGACGAGCACCGGGCGCGUCUCCAUGGAUGACAGCUACGUCAAGAAGGCCAAGGCGGCAAUAUGGGACGACGGGGUUGUGGCAGCGAGCUCUCAUAUGCCGCGAGGAGCCGUCGCAGCAAACUCCGUGGUGGUUCGAAUGGAUGGCGGUUAUGGAGACGACAACGAGAAAUUGAGCCUCAUCAAGGUAGCUAGCAUGAUUGAAGUGGCUGCAAAGAAAUGCGCUCGGGAUCUCAAUCUCCAAGGCAAACUCAUGAACCAGAUCGAGUGGCUGCCUGAUUCAAUCGGAAAGCUCACUGGACUUGUUACCCUUGAUAUUUCGGAGAAUCGGAUCUUGGCUCUGCCAGAAGAAAUUGGGAGGCUUUCUUCUUUGACCAAGCUGGACCUUCAUGCUAAUCGAAUUGCUCAGCUCCCCGACUCCAUUGGGGAUCUUUGCAACUUGAUAUAUCUUGACCUGAGGGGUAAUCAGCUUACAUCAUUGCCCUCUAGUCUUGGCAGGCUGGUAAAUCUUGAGGAGCUUGAUGUGAGUGCAAAUCAUCUUACCUCACUCCCUGAUUCAAUUGGAAGCCUUGCACGUUUGAAGAAGUUAAUUGUCGAGACAAACAACCUUGAUGAGUUGCCGUACACUAUUGGUCAUUGUGUUUCACUGGUAGAAUUGCGGGCAGGUUAUAAUCACCUCAAGGCCCUCCCAGAGGCUGUUGGGAAGCUAGAGUCUUUGGAGAUCCUCUCUGUACGAUACAACAAUAUCAGGGGACUUCCAACAACAAUGGCAUCUCUCACAAAGCUGAAGGAGGUCGAUGCAAGCUUCAACGAGCUCGAGUCUAUUCCUGAGAACUUUUGCUUUGUUACUUCUCUUGUUAAACUGAAUGUUGGGAGCAAUUUCGCUGACCUGCAAUCUCUGCCUCGUUCUAUUGGCAACCUUGAGAUGCUGGAAGAGUUGGAUAUAAGCAAUAAUCAGAUUAGGGUUCUUCCAGAUUCUUUUGGAAACCUGCAGCGCCUCCGUGUGCUUCGUGCAGAAGAGAACCCUCUACAAUUGCCACCGAGGGACAUAGCUUUAAAGGGAGCUCAGGCUGCUGUUCAAUACAUGGCUGACCAUGCCGCCAAGAAAACCACAAGGUCACAACCAACGAAGACAAAGAAGACUUGGGCUCAAUUCUGCUUUUUCUCCAGGCCUAACAAAAGAAAGCAUGACCGGAUAGACACUGAGAUUUGAUUUAUUGGAAGCUAGGUGAGAUAAAACAGCUAUUUUCAUCCUUUACUUCUGCAGAAGAGGAAAAAAUGAGUGCAUCCUCUUCAAUUGCUUGCCAUUGUAAGCAUGGGUCAGCAAGAUGUGAUGGCCCAGAGCUUGCCUUCCACGAUGGUGCAGGUUUCUUUUAUAGAACCAAGAUGGUUAGGUUUAAUCAAAACCUUGUCACUCUCCUUUCCACCAGUCCAGCUCAACUUUGAAUAACCCUCUGAAGAUGCUUCAGCUAAAGAAUCCAGAAGUCGUGUAAUCACUUGGCUUUUUCAUAUGGUAGGAGUAAAGAGAACUAGACUGCUAAAGUUCGUUAGGGCAACUUGUCUAUAUGAAAAAUAUAGAUGAAUCCAUUGAAACUAAGGCCUUUUUAUUUAUAGAAUUUGUAUCAGCGCUUUUGGAGAUCAGUUUAUUUUUGUCUUUGAGCACGUGUUCUUAUAAAAUUCCAAGACACAAAAAUCUGAAGCAUACCAGAUGUUGUAUUGAAAAUGACUACAGUCAAUUCUUAAGGACAUGUUGGUCGAACUUUAUCAUCUCCCUUUUGUAAUUCUUACCGUUCAAUGCAUUCUGGGCAUUUUUCUUGUAACUUAUAUUUAAGUGUACCAUCUUGCUGGAACCAUUCAGAAAACACAAACAUUUUGCAUGUUUUCUUCA